AUGGCCUCGUCCCUGCGCCGCUCCGCCCCGCUGGUCUUCCCCGCGCCGGGCCGCCACACGGCGACCGUCAUCUUUGCCCACGGCCUCGGCGACACGGGCCACGGCUGGGCGAGUGCCGUCGAGAGCUGGCGCAGGCGGCAGCGCCUCGACGGCGUCAAGUUCAUCCUGCCCAACGCGCCCAUGAUCCCCAUCACAGUGAACGGCCGGCAUGGCCAUGCCCGGUUGGUUUGGAUCUCCGAACCCGGGCUGACACCAGACCCCAGAGCGUCCUCGACGGCACCGUCGAGUCGCUGCGCCAGAACGAGGACGACGCCGGCGUCCGCGUCUCGACCCGGCUACUUCCACGGCCUCAUCCAGGCCGAGGUCGACGCCGGCAUUCCCUCCGACCGCAUCGUCCUCGGCGGCUUCUCCCAGGGCGGCGCCAUGGCCCUCUUCGCCGGCCUUACCGCCCCUGUCAAGCUCGGCGGCAUCGUCGGCCUCAGCUGCUGGCUGCUGCUCAGCAACAAGUUUGGCGACGAGGUCAAGGAGGAGGCCAAGUCCGUCAACCGGGACACCAAGGUCUGGAUGGGCCACGGUGGUUCCGACCCCCUCGUGCGGCCUGAGCUUGGCCAGAUGAGCGCCGAGAUGCUCAAGAAGCUCGGUUUUGAUGCCACCCUCAAGAUCUACCCCGGCAUGCCACAUUCCGCCUGCCCGGAGGAGCUGGACGACGUCGAGGCCUUUCUGCGAGAGAGACUGCCGGCCCAGUGA